UCCUGUUUCGCAUAAGCAAAGGAAACGCCCCUGAUUCUCAGAAGCGAUGUGAUUUUGUCUUGUUGAAGACUGGGAACCACUGAUUGUCUUUGUGCAUUUGGGAGUAAUUCAAAGCAGAUGAGGGCCGGGAUUUAAUGGUUGGAAACAUUUGAAAAUUGAGGCACAAUUUUUAAGGUCAAGCAAUGAAGUAAUUACUUCUUUUUAAUCUAAUUCCGGAGCUUAUUUUAAAGACCAAAGGAAGAUUGAUUAGUUGGAAUUGUUAACAGAAAGAGGAAACGCCGAUGCAGAUAGUGCUCGGACCGGUUAGGCCGCGUUCUUUUCCAUUUGAAAUAUGGAAACAGGAGACUGCAAGUUGCGCACACAGACGAUUGAAUGAACGAUGAUAUGUCAUUCAAAUUAAAAUUCAUGUUUUGAAGUCCAACCUAGCAUGUCCAACUUGUUGUCAUUGACAUAUCAUUAAGAUUUUUAAGAAGCAGCAAAUGUUCGGAUUCAAAUAAUUACAGCAACAUACAUGGCAGCUUUCAAGGUAUUGCUGUUGGGCGUUUUAAUGCAUGUUGCAAGUCCUGAUAAAGUGAAAAUUGGAAGUGUGCAGAUUGAACAAGGAAAAUCAUAUCCUAACACAAACAAAGGGAAAGAUAAUUGGGUAUAUGGAAAAGGUGGCGAGCAGCCUGUAGCGUGUGCUACAGACAACAAAACAGUGGAUUCAUAUUUGGUUUUUCCAUAUGUUAUGACUGAGCCUGCAAAUGAAAUUGUAGUGGAAGUCAAAUAUGCACUCAAAACUUGCCCAUUUUUGGAUACGAAUUGUAAAUAUUCUUUAGGCCUUUAUGCAUUGAAAACAGAUUAUAGAGAAGACAUAUUGCCAAGUCCCAUGGAAAACAAAUAUUUAUUUGCUGGUAGAUUACAAAAUAAAUCAGCAUUAUCGUCAGAUUUUAAAGACUUUGCAUCUAACAUUAGCAUUGGUAUGGAUGGGAAAAAAGGAGUUUUCCUUGCUCUCAGAGAUACUGGCAUUUGUGGUAAUGUGAAGUCUCUAAAUGUAUGGUAUUUUGCAUGCCCUUCUGAGGCAGGACUCCUUUUAGAAUUCAAUGGCAGCCCUGCACCUAAUAGGACUACUUCAGUGUUGCAUGUCAAAGGAAUGUGUGUUCCAAACGCUGUACCUGUUACAAGAUUGGAAGAUAAUUUAAUGCACUGUUUUCCAAAUGGAACUGCCAGAGUUUAUGGUGGAUGUCAAUGUGACAGUGGAUUUGUAAUGACAAAAAGUAAAUCUUGCAAAGAUUGCGAAGAAAGGACCUUCAAAGCCAAGAAAGGAAACGGACCUUGUCUUCGUUGUGGGAGGAAUGUAAAAGAUGGCCUGCUUCCGCGCAGAACUGUCUGCCAAUGUCUUGAAGGAUAUUUCAGGCCAGAAGCCCAUGUAGAAGACUAUUUUGUUGACUGUGAAGAGCCUCCGUCUGCGCCCAGAAAGUUAAAUGCGUCACUGGUCAAGUCCCAAUGGGCACUUAUCAGCUGGGAUCCCCCGUCAAAGAAGGGAACUGGAAAUGACAUUCAAUUCGAUGUUCAAUGCAAGGGUUGUGAAACAAAGAAUUUCCUUACACGUGAUUUGGAGUAUAACUUGACCAGCCUGAAGACCUACUCUUUUUACGAAGUCACCAUUUUCUCAAUAAACAAUGUUACCAAGGCAACUGGAAAGAGUAAUAGUAUGACAUACCGUUUCCAAACUCUGACAGGACUUCCAUCUGCUGUUCAGAAUUUGGAGUCAAGAAGAAACGACGAUGGCUCAGUCACAGUCAUCUGGGAACCCCCGUCUGAGAAGGGAGGCCCUGAUCUCAAAUAUCAUAUAAUUGUGAAUGGAAAUCAGGGGGAAUUUCAAAUGCAUUCAAAUUUGACGAUUAAUCGGAAGAAGAAGUUGGAAAACUAUAAAGUGUCUGUAAGGUCGUACACCUCAGCUGGUUUCUCAGAGAAGACGACAAUCAACUUCAAAAUCCAAGGAACAGAAAAAGGAAUCGCAGUCGAAGUCGUGGUUGCUAUUUGCGUCUCCCUUGGAUUCUUGAUCAUCGUCGCCAUUUUGGUUAUUGUGUACACGUGUAGAAGGCGUGUCCAAAAAAACCAACAGCCAGUUCGACUACAAAGCGGAGAAGUUAUCCUUCCGAAAUUUGGAAGACGCCAUGUGUACGUUGAUCCAACUGUAUACCAGGACGUAGCAGAUGCAGUCAGGGAUUUCACUAAAGAGUUACAGAGAGACUGGGUAAUUUUAGAUAGCCUUAUUGGUGGAGGUGAAUUUGGCGAUGUUUACAAAGGCACUUUGCAACGACCGUUGGAAGAGGAGAUAACAGUUGCCAUUAAAACAUUAAGGGACAACGUAAACAAAAAAGCCAAGGAAGAUUUUCUCGCCGAAGCGGCCUAUAUGGGGCAGUUUGACGAUCCCAACGUUGUUGCCCUAGAGGGAGUCAUCACAAAAGAGCAACCAGUUAUGAUUCUUAUUGAGUACAUGACCUAUGGGUCACUCGAUUCCUUUCUACAGGACAAUGAUGGAGGAUUUACAUCACUGCAGUUGCUAGGUAUGGCGAGGGGUGUAUCUUCUGGCAUGACGUAUCUAUCGGAAAUGAGUUUCAUCCACAGAGAUCUUGCUGCACGGAAUAUUUUAGUAAAUGAAGACAUGGUUUGCAAAGUCGCUGAUUUCGGUAUGAGUAGAGAGUUGAGCGAAGACGAUGCUUACAACACAACGGGUGGAAAAAUCCCAGUUCGCUGGACCGCGCCUGAGGCUAUUCAAUUCAAGAAAUUCACCACAGCAUCAGAUGUCUGGAGCUAUGGAAUUCUAUUGUGGGAGAUAAUGUCAUAUGGAGAAAGACCGUACUGGGACUGGGGCAAUUAUGAGGUUAUAGAAAGGCUCGGCAGUGGCUACAGACUUCCGCCUCCAAUGGGUUGCCCAAAAGUUGUCCAUGAUUUGAUGUUGUCUUGCUGGGAGAAAGACCGUGGAAAAAGGCGACGGUUUCGUGAGUUGCGUAGCAUCAUUGAUAACUGGCUGGAGUCUCCUGAACUUCUUACACAGGAAGCCUCUGUUGUCACAAAGCGGGACGAGGAUCUGGAUUACGCCUCGAUGACCACUUUGAAGGAAUGGCUCGACUCCAUAAAUAUGGGUCAGUAUGUAGAAAACUUUACUAAAAAGGGUUUUGUAACACCGCGCCAGAUUUUGGAAUUCACUGAUGCCAAACUAAUGGAAAUUGGUAUAUUUGCUAUUGGCCAUCGGAGGAAGAUUACGAAGAGCAUCAGGGUAACAAAAAGACAGUUAGGUGAUGAAUUUUAAGCCACAGCGCGUUCGGUUUUGCUCUUGAAUCGGUAUUCAUUUCACCCUUCUUGUUUGAUUCGAGAUAAUCACGAAUCAAAGUAAGCUGACUUGUAUCUUUGCAAGAACGUAAAUGAAGAAUAGUAUCCUGCCAGGUUCUUUGUUCGAACAAUGUUGACAGGCCCACUUUAUGAUUGUUUCAUCUUUGAAAGUUUUUGGUUUUUGGAAAGUUUGACAGAUGUUGAAACUUUCGUGCUGCACAAACUCGCGUACCAAGUAUAUGAACAAAAUUUGUAUAGAAAUUAUUUUUAUUUAGCCGUUUUUUUGUAAGCAGAGCUACACAAGAUCUAUGCAGAUAUGAUUACAACUUCGUUGUUAUUAAGAUGCCGUGACAGUUAAAGCCUACGUUUUGCUCUCUUUCACGUUACGUUUCCAAACAAAGCAAAGAUUAUGGGGUCCUAAAUUGCCUAUAAAUGCCUAAUACUGGAAUUAUAAGGCGGUAUAAUGAUAAUACGGAAAAUAACACGGGUGACAACGGUUACCUUUCUAAGAUGAUUAUUGUGCCUUCGUAAUUUGCCGUGCAUCGCAUAGCUUGAUUCUCGUAAAAAUGAACUGAGUAGCAGUUGAUGAAGUUUGGACUUAGAUUGAAGUUGCGAACUUUUUUAACUUUAAAGGGAAACUUCUAUAAGUACUUCAUUGAAAAGAGUAUGACGUAGUAGUAAUACGACCUGUACAUGUGAACUGUGCUAGAGGGAAAUUCGCUUUAUGUCCCGCAGGAUGGUGAUGUAGGGUGACCAGUUCUUCCCCGUGUCGGCUUUUGCUUCCACAGCGUGGCUGCUGAGCUUCAGAAGGCGAGCGUCGAAGUCAUCGGCCAGACUUAAGCACUACAGUCUGGUGCUCUAACCAGUAGACCACCUUUAGUUAUCAAAAGACUGUAUUUAAUUUGGUCCUCAGAAAUAAAUGACCAGUCUAUCAAGCUGUGAUAACUACUUGUAUAACAUCUUCUAAAUUAUCCAUUGUAAUGUUAUACCCUUCAAAACACCCUCCCCCCCCAUACGCGGCAAACUAAGUCCGCCGCAAACGAAAGCCUGUUCCCGGUUACUUUCGCCCAAUGGAGAUUGGCCUUUAGAAAGCGACAUAUUGCGCAGCAAACGACGUCCGCCGCAAACGAAAGCCUGUUCCCGGCUACGUUCGCCCAAUGGAGAUUGGCCUUUAGAAAGCGACAUAUUUCGCAGCAAACAACGUCCGCCGCAAACGAAAGCCUGUUCCCGGUUACUUUCGCCCAAUGGAGAUUGGCCUUUAGAAAGCGACAUAUUGCGCAGCAAACGACGUCCGCCGCAAACGAAAGCCUGUUCCCGGCUACGUUCGCCCAAUGGAGAUUGGCCUUUAGAAAGCGACAUAUUUCGCAGCAAACGACGUCCGCCGCAAACGAAAGCCUGUUCCCGGUUACUUUGAAUAUCGUAUUUGAAUUGAGAAAUACAGCCUGCACCGAAUGUAACAAUAACAUUCAGAAAGGCAAGCUAUUAGGGGGGGGGGGGGGGAGUUUAUUGUUUGUGGCGAUUGCCAGAGGUUCUUUCUCCGAUAAAGUCUUGAUGUUUUGAGGUGGGACUAUCCUUUCUCUGUAAUCAAUUCUUCAUUUCUUGUUUAUAGUGCUGUCUUGUAUUCUUAAAAUGUUUUUGUAUAGUAAAGUUCGCUCAAUUUGCAUUUAGUCUUUUAUGCCCAAAAUCAUCGCUGCAAUUUUAUGCUGCUAUUUUUAUCUUAAUGAUCACUAGUGAAACAUUUACCGUAAAAGGUCUCUUAAGCCCCUUCUCUUUUAAGCCCUCCCUGCUCUAUUAAGCCCCCCUCUUAAGCCCUCCUCUUAAGCCCCCCUCUUAAGCCCCCGAUAUCAAACCAAGAAAAAAUGUGCAUUGAGUGGGUCUCUUGACGGGCGUGGUGACGAAUAUUUACUUGUGCGCUUUAGAAGACAGUCGAAAUUUGUUUAGAAGAAGUCCCAAGGGAUAUCAAUUGGUCCUGGUGACUCUGAGGAAGAUGAGGACAUUAUAAUUGAUUGAUUUUAAGAAACUUUCUAAGCUACUAGCAAAGUUUUUGAGAGCAUUUGUAUGACAUUUUUAUAUGAAGAUGCAUAAAGGCAUUUUUAUAGCAUUUUUUACAUUGAUUUAUUAAUAAGUCCCCUUCUCUCAUAAGCCCCCCUCUAGGACUGAAAAAGCCACCAGGGGGCUUAAAAGAGCUUUUACGGUAGCUAAAUGUGAUAUUCUUGAUAUUGUUUUUAGUUUCUUACCUACAUCAGGUGCCUAUACAAGUCUGUUCCCUUUGAAACAAGGGUGCAUUUUAUUUUGAUAGUGUUGAGACCUACGUUUUCAAGUAUCCAGUUCAUCGCUAUGUUAUAUCGAAUAAUAUUUUAAAGAGCUCUUUCAAUAUUUAGACCCUUAAAGUACCCAGUUUUCAUUUUUCAAUUUGCCAAGUUCAAGGAACUGCAUGUAGGUAACUUCCAGUAAAGUAUUAUUGAAAAUACCACCAACUUUUUUAUAUUCAGCGUUACCAGUUCCGUUAGUUUGUAUUGUUUAUAUUAGAACGUUUAAGAUCUUAUUUUAAAGUCGUCUAUCUAUGCUUAGUUAGCCAUGUAAAAUAUCAUGAAAUAUUGCAACGAAAUAUUGCCAUGAAAUAUUGCGAUGGA